AUGUCUUCCUCCCCCUCCCCAGACCCAAACCCCCUCUUCACCCUGCCCAUCACCACCACACCACACGGCACCAAACAAAUCGGCACUCUCAUCUGCACGCAACCAAAACCAAAAAUCUACCUCCUGACCUUCUCCUCCCCACCGGACAACCGACUCGUCACGGGACUAUGUCAAGCGCUGAUCCUCGCGCUGGACAUCCUAGAGCACAAGCAUGGGGACGGAGUGGUGAUCACCACCAGCGGCGUGCCGAAAUUCUACUCCAACGGGAUGGAUGUGGAACAUGCGCAGAUUUCUGGCGGUUACAUGCCGGGCAGUCUGUAUGCGUUGUGGAGGCGGUUGUUGACGUAUAAUAUGCCUACCGUUGCGCUGAUCAAUGGGCAUGCGUUUGCUGGGGGGUUGAUGGUGGCGAUGGCUCAUGAUGUAUGUGAAGUCCCUCCUCCUCCUCCUCCUCCUCCUCCUCCUCCUCAUCAUCAUUCAUAUAACAUGCAUGCUAUGACUUCACUGUGGAGAAGGGGGUAUUCGUGCUAACAACCCUUCCCUCAUUCAACAGUACCGCAUCAUGAACCCCCAAAAAGGCUACAUAUCCCUCAACGAGCUCGAACUCGGCAUGCCGCUCCGCGCGCCCAUGACGGCCCUCUUCCGCAUGAAAUUAUCCCCGAAAACGCUGCGCAAGCUCAUCCUCGAAGCGCACCGCUACAAAGCGCUCGACGCGCUGCAAGCGGAACUCGUCGACGGGCUGGGCGGGCUGGAAGCGACGUUGGGGUUUGUGGAAGAGCUGCAGCUGGUGGGGAAGGCGCGGGUGGGCGCGAGCGGGAGGUGUGUGUAUGGGGAGUUGAAGCGGGAGAUGUGGAGGGAGACGGUGGGGAUGAUUGAUUCGGAGGGGUGGGCGGAGGAGGCGGUGAGGGGGGAGGGGGAGAGGGAGAAGAGGGGGAGGGAGAGGGAGGAGGCGGUGGGGAGGGUGCGGAGGUGGGAGGGGAGAGGGUCGAAGUUGUGA